CAGUCUCUACUUUUGAAUUACUGGUUUUUGGCCAUUUUCUUUCCAAUUACUGUAUUCCACAUGCAGCAAAAAUUGACUAGAUUUUGUAUAUCCAAUCACAGAAGACUUGGGAGACAAGAGCAUAGCCAAUGUCCUUAAAUUAGUUAGGAAAUGAUAGUAUAAUAGGCAUAGCAUCACAAGACACAACUGUUUGUGUCAAUGGGCAUCAACUUCGCUAAAUUAUGUUACAUUUUUGCUUUCAUAUUUUUAUACCUUACAGAUAUCUCCCUAGCAGAUGAUCAGCUAAGUCCAUACCAGCCAAUCAAUGGAAACGUGGCCUUAAUAUCUGCCGGGAAAAAAUUCCGGCUUGGCUUCUUCAAUCCCAAGAAUUCCAGAAACCAGUACUUGGGAAUAUGGUAUGACAGCAUCCCAACUCAAACCGUAGUCUGGGUCGCAAACCGGGAUAACCCGCUUAAUGAUUCAUCAGGAAUUCUGAAGAUGGGUGAUGAUGGAAAUUUGAUUCUUCAAGACCGGACAGAGAGAAUUGUCUGGUCUACUAAUAUCAAGGAUUCAUCGUCAAAAUCAACUGUAGCACAGCUCUUGGACUCGGGAAAUCUUGUUUUGAGACAUGAAAGCAGAGAUGGUUAUAUUUGGCAAAGCUUUGAUCAUCCUUCUGACACCCUGCUAGCAGGGAUGAAGCUAGGAAGGGAUUCAAAAAAUGGUUUGGACAGGUAUUUGACACCGUGGAAGAGUGCAGAUGAUCCUGCUCCUGGAGAAUUUUCUUAUGGCAUCGAUCCUCGUGGGCUUCCACAAUUAGUCAUUCGUAAGGGCUCUAUCAAGAAGUUUCGAAGUGGGCCAUGGGAUGGUGAGCAAUUCAGUGGAAUCCUUCUUCUACCCAACCUUCUCUUCGAACCCAAGGUCAUCACAGAUUCAGACGAGAUAUAUUAUGAGUAUGGACUCAACAGUGAAUCUACUCUUACAAGGUCAGUCUUAAGUUUUUCGGGUUCAGUCCAACGUUAUGUAUGGAACAAUAGUAGCCUUGAAUGGAUUGCCAUGCAUGUCUUGCCUAGCAACCCAUGUGAUAAUUAUGGCAAGUGCGGUUCAAAUAGUAUUUGUGCAAUCAGUGAUGCUAAGAUUUGCAGCUGUUUGACUGGAUAUGUACCCAGGGUAGCACAAGACUGGGAGAUGCUGAUAUGGUCUGGUGGGUGUGUCAGGAAACACCCAUUGAAUUGUACCAAAGGGGAAGGAUUUAUAGAGAAGAAGGGUGUGAAAUUGCCCGAUUUCUUGCAGUUUUGGAUCAACACUAGUAUGAGCCUUAAGGAUUGUGAAAUGGAGUGCCUGAAGAACUGUUCUUGUACUGCUUAUGCUAAUUCAGAUGUUACUGGAGGGGGAAGUGGUUGCUUGUUGUGGUAUGGGGAUCUGAUUGAUAUCAAAAGUUUCACAGAAUCUAGUAAUCAAAAACUUUACAUUCGGGUCACAACUUCAGACUUGCUGUCAAAUUCCAAGAAGAUGAAGCCACUGGUUUUGGUGUUCACUGUCAUAUCAGUAGCUUUAGCAAUGUUUGCUGUUGCGUCUUGCAUAAUAUGGAAGGCGAAAGUACGGAAACAAGGUAUGCUACCAGAUUCUCAAGCCAGAGAUGAAGAAAAAAUGGAAUUACCUAUUUUCAAUAUGAACACCAUUUUGGAAGCGACAAACAAUUUUUCUGAUUCAAAUAAGAUUGGAGAGGGUGGCUUUGGACCCGUAUACAAGGGUCAGCUAAAAACUGGACAAGAGAUAGCAGUCAAGAGGCUUUCCGAGAAUUCAAAACAAGGGCCGCAUGAAUUUAAAAAUGAGGUUAUAUUGAUUGCAAAACUACAACAUCGAAAUCUGGUAAGACUUUUGGGAUGCUGCAUUCAAGGAGAAGAGAAAAUUUUAGUUUAUGAGUAUAUGCCCAACGGAAGCUUGAACUCCUUUAUUUUUGGUGGCUCAAAUGACACAAGUAAUUCUCUUGUAUGGAAGAGGCGCUUUGAUAUUAUCAUAGGGAUUGCUCGAGGGCUUCUUUAUCUACAUCGGGAUUCAAGAUUGACAAUUAUUCAUAGGGAUCUAAAAGCCAGCAAUGUUCUACUUGACAAUAAUAUGAAUCCCAAAAUCUCAGAUUUUGGCAUUGCCAGAGCUUUUGCAGGGGAUCAAUUACUUGCAAAAACUAUAAGGGUGGUUGGAACUUAUGGUUACAUGUCUCCCGAAUAUGUCAUCGAUGGCCUAUUUUCCAUGAAAUCAGAUGUGUUUAGUUUCGGAGCGCUAGUUUUGGAAAUAGUGAGUGGCAAAAGGAACAGACAAUUCCAUCAUCCAGACCAUCACCACAACCUUCUUGGACACGCAUGGCAAUUAUGGAUUGAAGGGAAGGCCUUUGAGCUAAUAGAUCCAGAAAUGGAGGAUUCAUUUCCAAUGUCUGAAGUACUAAGAUGCGUACAGAUCGGUCUCUUGUGUGUGCAGCAACACCCCGAAGACAGACCAACGAUGUCGUAUGUGGUCUCAAUGUUUGAUAGUGAGGGCACAAUGUUGGCCCAGCCUAAGCCACCUGGUUUCUUCACAGAUAGAAGCCCUUGUGAGACAGAGUCCAUGCUAGGGCAAAGAACUUGUACUAUAAAUAAGAUGACCAUUUCUACAGUGGACGGUCGGUAGAAGUAGCAUUAUAUAUUAUUGAGUUAUUGACCCAUAUGUGUUCGUAGGAGGCAUAAAAAGUGAGAUUAAUUAUUUCUUCCACCCUCUCUUACUGAAGCCUUGUCUUAGACUUUAAUAUGAUAUGGUAGUUUAGUAGGAUCACAUACAAAUAUAUUUUAGUGUGAUAGUACGGUAGACUCGGGUAAGCUGCUUAUAUUUGGAAUGUAUUUGUCCACUUGUGAGUAGGGAUGGCAAUAUCUUCAUUUAAUUUUUCACCUUA